GAAUUGCAAAGUAGCUUCCCUCUGGUAAGUCUCUUCUCUCUCUAUUGAUCAUUCCUUGGCCUGGCAGGCUGUCUUAAUGCUGGGUCACUUCAACUCUACCAUUGCAAUGACCUUGAAUGCUGCAAAGCAGGCCAAAUUGUCAAUGGCUGCAGGCCCUCCAACCUUAACAGCUGAUGAAAAUGCUCCCAAGAAAAAAUGCUUUCAAAGUUGCAAAAGCAGAACUGCUUCUGUGGCUGCAAGCUGUGCUCCUCCAAGUCCUAUUCGAUCAGAUUUCCCUGAUAUUAAGAAUCUGGGCAUGUACUUUGGUAUCUACAUGUGUGUUGGCACUACAUGCUUUUACACUUUGAGGAACCACAUCAGAGGCCAUAAAACAAAUGAUUUCAUUGAUGCUCUUUACUUUUGUGUGGUGACAAUGACCACAGUUGGCUAUGGAGACCUUGUCCCUCACAGUUUCAUUUCACAACUAAUAUGCAGUGUUUUCAUAGCCGUGGGGAUGUGUCUGGUUGGAGUAGUUGUGAAAAUAGCUGCUAAUUACUUGGUUGUGAAGCAACAAAUGGUGCUGGUUAAUGCCCUUCACAUGGCUCAAAAAAUCGGUCCAAUGGAAGCCCUUAAGGAGAUUGAAAGCCUCAAAAUAAACUACAUUAAGUGUCUGAUAUCGUUGAUUGUUAUGGCGGUGCAUCUUGUAAUUGGGAUCUUUGUUCUGGUUACUGUCGAAGGAAUGGACUUCACUGAUGCAGUCUAUUGUGCUUGUACCACCAUGACAACCGUCGGAUUCGGAGAUGAGAGCCUCCAAAGUGAAUUUGGUCGCAUGUUUGGUGUAAUUUGGAUAUCCACCGGCACUUCCUGUUUAGGCCAGCUAUUGCUCUACAUUGCAGAGGUGUAUACCGAUGUCGAAACGAGGAAAUUGGUCAAGUCGAUUAUUACCAGCAACAUUGUUGCCAUGAAAGACCUGGAGUCAGCUGAUAAUGCUGAGAAUGACAGGGUUUAUGGGGCUGCUGAUUUCAUUUUAUUUAAGCUAAAUGAGAUGGGAAAGAUCAAGCAAGACGAUAUUGUGGCUGCCAUGAAAGAUAUUGAUGAUGUGAUCAAGGAUCCUGGUGUUGAUGAUCAGCCGGAUCAAUCAUCUCAAAAGAAGCGAUGAUCAAUGCCAUUAAGAAGAACAAUUGUAGUAGAGUUUUAGAGAAUAUAGAUCUCCAUUUAUCAUAAUUGUCAACCUUUCUCUGGUUUAAGUGCUUCUCUUUUGAUGAAGCCAUAAAUUUGCUAAGCCACCUUGAUUGAACUUUCGUACAUGUAAUUUUAUUUGAGUAACGAUGGAUUUUACAUCUCAAAAAUUAGCGAAUUCUCCUAACAACAAUGAUGAAACCCAAAUUAAUACAAGAGAUAUCA